AUGAAGUGGAGGAAGGCGGAGGGGAGUGAUGGAGUGGUGGUUGAGAUGGUGGAGGCUGCUGGGGACUUUGCGAUAGAGAAGAUCACAGAGUUAGCAAAUCAAAUAUAUGACACGGGUAAUAUACCUGAGAGAAUGGAAGAGUCUGAAUUCAUUGUAAUACCAAAGAAGGAAGGAGCAGUAGAAUGCGAUAAACAUCGAACAAUAAGUAUUAUGAAUCAGGUGGCGAAGAUUGUACUAAGAGUGAUAGAUGAGAGCUUGAAGAGAAAAAUCGAGGAAACAGUGGACAGAGCACAGUUUGGUUUUAAGAAAGGUAAAGGAACGAGGAAUGCAGUUUUUGUAUUAAUAGCCAUUAUAAAGCCAUAG